GCCAAUUGCACCACGGUUGUAUUUGCAGGUUGCAUGAUCCAGUCGAAUAGGCCGGGACUGGACCCUAGGCCCCGGCAUGGCCCGCUGCAUUCGGAGCAGACAUGGUGCAAAGUCACGGGGCUGGGCGGCUUAUGAAAGGAGCCCGUCUGGGGGGCCAUGAAGUCGGCCUGCAGGAACCUCCAAAACUCUGCUUUUCCUUCUCUUUUCCUUGCCGGUAUAGCCUUGUAAUUGUUGCUGUUGUUCUCCCUCUCCCGAAGUCGAGCCCGAAGUCGAAGAAAAGUUUCAGGUUGCGUUUCCCCCCCGGCCAUUGACACACUGUUGGUUCGAUCGGUAAUAGCCCACGAUGGACGACUACAUGUUCCGCGAGCAUGUCAGCAAGUGCCGCCAAGUCUCGGAGGCGACGCACUAUGUUGAGAUUCUCAACUAUUCUGACCCUUUCUACAAUUCGUGCGAGGAGCACCCCCUGACCAUGGAUGAGUUUGACAACUUCCUCUACCGACGGGGCGCGUUCGAGCCGGCAAAGGUCAAGGAGGGCGUCAAACUGCUCAACGGCAUCCGAUUAGUACUCCAAAAGAACGCCAAGCACAAGGAUACAUUCGCUCCGCACACAAUCUCCUUCACGGCAGAUGCCUACGAGUCCAUGGUCCGCGUCAUGCGGCUGCCCUUCAGAGCCAUCGAGGGCACCAGCGUUGUCGGACCGUUUUUCUGGUGCGCCUACGAUCAGGAUGACGAUGAUCCCACUCUCCAAAUCAUCUUCCGCAAGUCCGACGUCCGCAAAAAGGGCAAGACGCGCGGGUGGGAGAUCAUGCUCUCGUACUGCUUCAGCACCGGCAUCACGUCAGGCUUCGUCAAGGGCACGCCGAGCUCCGACAUCGUGAGCGCGAUUCAGCACCUGACGUUCUGCGCGCGGCAGGUGGGCCACCCGAUGCUACUGCCCACCAUCAUCCUCUCGCACGAUCUGUCGUCGCAUAACGACCAGAAGCAGCGCGACGCGCGGGACUGGCUGCGCAAGCUCGAGCAUGCCGUCAGCAUGCGCAACGAGAUCGAGGACGAGGAGGGCUACGUCAGCAAGGACGGGUACCUCGAGGUCGACGCCAUCAGCCGCGACCUCGUCGAGUGCCACAGUCAGGUGCUAUGGAAGCGGCCGCAGGCGUACCUGGAGAUUGUCAAGGAGAUGGAGGCCGGGCUGGAGAAGUUCAAGAAAAAGGUGCCCGUCGAGCACCUCCCGUCGGAGCUGGACAAGCUGCACCGGAGCAUGAUUGCCAGGCUGGACUUCUACCGGCUGAAGCUCAAGGGUAUCGAGAAUUACCAGGCGACGACGUUGGAAAGGCUUCACAUUCAGCGGAGCGCGCUGUACAACCUGCUCUCCCAGCGGGAGUCAAAGAUUCAGUUCCAGAUGGCCGGUGAGCAGCGCAGGCUGGCGCACGCUAGCAAGCGCGAUAGUACGGCGAUGAAGACCAUCUCGCUGCUCGGUGCCGUGUUCCUGCCGGGAACAUUCCUCGCGUCCGUCUUCAGCAUGACUUUCUUCGACUUCGGAAAGGAUGCGGAUCCGGUCAUCUCCAAGGAUCUCUGGGUGUACUUCGCCAUCACGAUACCGCUAACGAUCGCAAUCGUCGUUGGGUGGAUCCUGUUCGAUCGGCGGCGCGAGGGCAAGUUCGCCUCCGAGGACGCGGACCUGGAGAAGAACAUUGAGCACAUGGAGGCGGACAUCAUGGCCAUGAUGCGGAAGCGGACGAUGAGUAAGGCCAAUACAUGGACGUCGGUCACGUCGCCCAUAAGACCAUGAAUCCAUUCCGUGAUUCAGGCGACGCGAGGGUUGUAAGAGACGAGUGCGACGGGGCGCGGAGCACGCCCUAGUGUGGAAGAAAAGAAAAAACCUACGAGAGGU